UCUCGUCGGGGGUCCCCUGGGAUCCUGAUCCGGGUGGGAGGGACGUCCCUUAGUAGUCCUAUCUUUCUGACCCCAUCCCCGGGCCGGGGAGGGCAGCUGGGGUCCAUGUGUUUGCAUGUCCUGUCCGUCCUCCUUUGCCUCGUAGUUUUCCGUCAUCCUCCUGCCGCAGGUGUGCUCUCGACGGUCUAUGGCCUUCCUUUCUCGCGCGUCCCUCUGCCCCUGCGUUCCUCCGACCCCUCCACCUUCAGUGUCUGUGUACCCCCAGCCCCUCCCCUCUGUCUCUUACACCGGUAACGUACCCCACUCCCCUUCCUCCUCAGUGCCCCCCACCCCUUCCCCUUGUUCUCGUGUUCCUGCACUCCCCAGUCCCUGCCCCUGUUUCUAACACCCCUAAAGCAUCCCACUUAUCACUACUCCCCCUUAAGUGCCCUAACACCCUCCCCCUCCCGUGACCCCAUCCUCCCAAUGCCUCUCUCCUAUUCCCCAAUAUCUCUCCCCCUGUGCUGUUUCUGCUUCUUACUUUAUACCACUCCCCUGAUCCCCCAAAUCCCCCCACAGCGUCCCUGUCCCAGUACCCCCCUUUCUCCCAAGUAUUCCGUCACUCUCCAUCUAUUGGUGUGUUUUAGGUUCUCCUUCACCAAUCUCUAUCUUGGGCACUCUUUCAUCCCCUUCCCCUCCCCUCCCCUCCCCUCCGUUGUCCCUAAUGGUUCCUUCCUUUGUGCCUAAUCUCCCCAAAUGAGGAGUGGCCUGUGCAUAUGAUACCGGUGAAGGUGACUUUGACAGGACAGAGCUUGGUCUCUAGAAUGCUGAAGGCCCUGGUACUGUUUUUCCUGGCCUGGGUCUGUUUCCUCUUUUAUGCCGGCAUCGCUCUCUUCACCAGUGGCUUCCUGCUCACACGGCUGGAGCUUAACAAUCAUAGCAGCUGUCAGGAGUUGCCUGGAAAGGGACCUCUGGUGGGAGGUGGCCGAGGUGAGCCAGGGGCCUGCUGGACAGCUCCUCGAUUUUCUCGAGCUGUGGUAGUGCUGAUAGAUGCACUUCGAUUUGAUUUUGUGCAACCUUGGCCAGGUGGCCUUCCUGCCCCACAACCUUUCCUAGGAAGGCUGGGCUCCAUACAGCACCUUCUGGAAACUCAGCCACAACAUGCUCGCCUCUACCGGUUCCUGGCUGACCCACCCACCACCACCAUGCAACGACUCAAGGCCCUCACCACAGGCUCUUUACCUACCUUCAUCGAUGCUGGGAGCAACUUUGCUAGCUAUGCCGUCCAAGAAGAUAACCUCAUUGCUCAGCUUAACAACACUGGGAAACGAGUGGUCUUCAUGGGGGAUGACACUUGGGAGGGCCUGUUCCCAGGAGCUUUUUCUCAAGCCUUCUUCUUCCCAUCCUUCAAUGUCAAAGAUCUACACACUGUGGACAAUGGCAUCCUGGAGCACCUCUUCCCUACCAUGGACAGAGAUGACUGGGACCUGCUGAUUGCUCACUUCCUGGGUGUGGAUCACUGUGGCCACAAACAUGGUCCCCACCAUCCUGAGAUGGCCAAGAAGCUCAACCAGAUGGACCAGAUGCUUCAGACCCUUGUGGAGCAACUGGAAAAUGAUACGCUGCUGGUGGUGGCUGGAGAUCAUGGCAUGACAGAGACAGGAGAUCAUGGUGGGGACAGCAAGCCAGAAGUCACAGCUGCACUCUUUCUCUACAGCCCUUUUCCCCUUUUCCCCAGGGCUCCCCUGGAGGACCCAGAAGUGGUUCCCCAGGUGAACCUAGUGCCGACAUUGGCCCUCCUGCUUGGCCUGCCCAUACCUUUUGGAAACAUUGGAGAGGUGAUGGCAGACCUUUUUUCAAGGGAAGGAGAUACUCAGCCUCUCGCUACAGCUCUUGCCCAGGCCUCUGCCUACCAUCUCAAUGCCCAACAGGUAUCCCGAUUUCUUCAUGCUUACUCAUUAGCUGCCCAGGACCUGCCCCCUGAAGAGGUGCAGCGCCUUCAGAACCUCUUCUCCUCUGCAUCCUCUGAAUAUGAGCAACUGCUAGAUCAGCUGAAGACUGGAGAGGUCAGAGAGGUCGACAUACAGGCUCUGAUCUCCCAGCUGAGAUUGUUCUUGCAGGGUGCUCGGACAGCCUGCACAGAGACAUGGGCUCGAUUCCGCCCAGCCCGAAUGAUAGGGGGCACUGUACUCCUGGCCUCUACCUGCCUCCUCUGCCUAGUGACCUCUGGGCUCACCAGCUCCCCUGAAUUCCCCUUCCACUGCCUGCUCCUAAGGUCUGUGGCCUGGGGUCUGGCAGGGGUUGCCUUGCUAGCUGGGGGACUGAUAGCAGGUGGGACUGGGCUAGAGCCAGCUCUCUUGUGUGCAGGGGGUGCAGCCACCUCCCUCAUGGCCUUCCUAUGGGCUUUAAAGUUGAGGUGGAAGCUGCCAAUGGCAGUCUUCCUCCCAGGCCCUUUGCCCAUCCUGGUGCUCCUGUUCCUCCGAUCUGCUGCCCUCUUCUCUGACAGCUUUGUCCUGGCUGAGGCCCGGGCAGCCCCCUUCCUUCUGUGUUCACUGUCCCUGUUUCUGGUGGCUCAGUUGCACUGGGAGGGCCGUCUCCUGGGGGGUGGCCCCACAGCUUCUUGCCUCAGCUCCCCCACAGCAUCUGUGGCACGUCGGGAGGGUCCACGGGCCUUAGGGCUACUAGUUGGCCUGCUCCUCUGUGUACGCCUCUCUAGCCUUUUCCAUCGCUGCCCAGAAGAGACACCUGUUUGCCAGUCAUCACCCUGGUUAGCUCCUCUAUCUGCCAUGGGUGGUGGCCAGGCCAAGAACCUCUGGUAUGGGGCAUGUUUAGGGGCACUAGGGGUGCUGGUCCUAUCUGUACGAUUUUGGCUGCGCCGCUGUGGAAAUCUUAACAGCCCUGCACCUCCAGUCCUCUUUGUGCGCUGGGGAUUGCCACUGAUGGCACUGGGCACUGCUGCCCACUGGGCACUGGCCUCAGGCUCAGAUGAGGCACCCCCCAGGCUACAAGCCCUGGUGUCUGGGGCUGUGGUAGGGUUGCCACGGGCUGUACUGGGUCUGGCAGCCAUAGGACUGGGGCUGCUGCUUUGGCAGCCUGUCACAGUAUUGGUCAAGACUGGGGCAAGCAGCCCCAACCCUAUUAUGGUUCCUUUUGUGGGACCCCCCACCUCCCAGGCUGACCUGGACUACGUGGUCCCUCAGAUCUACCGUCGAAUGCAGGAGGCACUGAGGGGAAAGCUAGCUGGGGGUGGGGGCCAGACAUCGCUGGCUCUGGCUGCCUACGGGCUAGGGAGUGUGUACUCUGCUGCCGUGGUGACUGCUCUUACCCUGCUGGCCUUCCCGCUGCUGCUGUUGCACACUGAGCGGAUCAGCCUCGCCUUCCUGAUCCUCUUCCUGCAGAGUUUCCUGCUCUUGCAGCUGCUCGCCGCUGCUGUUGGGACCCCUACCAGAAGCCCUGGGCCCUUCUCCGUGCCAUGGCUAGCCAUCUCCGCGUGGGCUCUCACAGCCACUCAGACCUUCUACUCCACGGGCCAUCAGCCUGUCUUUCCAGCCAUCCACUGGAAUGCUGCCUUUGUGGGCUUCCCUGAGGGGCAUGGUUCAUCCCCUGUGCUGCCUGCUCUGCUCGUGGGGGCCAACACCUUUGCCUCCCAUCUUCUUUUUUCAGUUGGCUGCCCACUGCUCUUGCUCUGGCCCUUUGUGUGUGAGGGCCAAGGCUCUAGGAAGAAGAAGAAGCCCCUGGCCAGUGGGGCUGAGGUGGAAGGAGAGAAGGAGGAGGAGCCCUUGAUGGAGAUGCGUCUCCGGGAUGCCCCUCACCAUUUCAAUGCUGCACUCCUGCAGCUGGGUCUCAAGUACCUCUUCAUUCUGGGUGUACAGGUCUUAGCCUGUGUUUUGGCAGCUUCCAUACUCCGGAGACAUCUCAUGGUCUGGAAGGUGUUUGCUCCCAAGUUCAUCUUUGAAGCUGUGGGUUUUGUGGUGAGCAGCCUAGCACUCCUACUGGGUGUGGCCCUGGUGAUGUGGGUGGACAGAGCUGUGGGGUCCUGGUUCAAGCAGCUCAUUCUCUCCCAGGAGAGGUAGCUUUUGUCACAUGGACCUUGGGGCCAAGCUUCCCUCAUGCUCCCAGGGCAAGCCAGCCCUGGUUCACCUCUACAUGGCUUGUCCCACGCUGCUGGAAUUGAGACAACUUGCUCAGCAGGGCCUCUGGCUGGGACUCAUCCCAGUUCUGUGAAGACCUGUCCUGCCCUGGUUGUCGCUGGGUCACCAGCAUCCCCUACUCCAGACAGAGUGUGUACCCCACUCACAGGGGGCUUGUGGUAAUGGGUCACACACUUGUGGAGCCAGGUGGUAGCAGUGACUUUACUGGGGGGGAGGUGCUGAAAUUGCCUCUCCCCUGGAAGGAUUGGAGCAGGCCAAGCAGCUAUGUAGAAGCACUGGGCCUGACCCUCUUCUCCAUUGAUUUUCUCUUCUUAACCUGACCAAGCAAAAUGACCUAAAUGAGGUUGGGGGCAUUGGAGAAAUCUGGGGUGGCGGCCUGGUGAGGGAAUUGAGCUGCUGUGUAUGCUCAGAUUGAAAUAAAACACUGGAGAAAUAUGUAUGUGUGAAGGAAAAAGAGAUGCUGGAGGGAAGAUGCUUUUGUCCUGUGGGGCAGAACUUUGUUGGGGAGGAAUACUGUUUGUACUCAAUUCCUGUCCUGUUCCAGUCAACUUCUCCCAUGCCAUUCUGCAAUAUAUCCCUCCCGGGGUCUGUACCCCUCACUCCUUCCAGUUCAGUAAAUCUGCUUAAGUUUACCUAUGCUCAGUGUGGGCACCAUAUGAGGUUAUUCGGGGAUAUCACAAAAGAAGACACUGCCUUCCCUUUAGGAGGUUCACAUUUUGGAGGGGAAGACGAGUCUGGGAGGCAGGGUGGGAAAAUAAGAGUCACACAGUAUUAGAGAGCUGCGUGAGACCAUUGUGUGACUGAGUCUCUUUCAUCCUCAUUGUUACUACCCUAGUCUAGGCCCUCAUUUCCCUCAUCUGAAUUUCUGCACUGGUUUAAGUGGUCUCCCUGUUUUCAGACUCUCCCUUCUCCAUGACAUCCUGCACCAUUUACUUGGGUACUUACUCUCCUUCUGACCUAGGGUAAAGAACUUCCCAUUGGCCUUGAAUUUCUUCAUCUUUAAAAUGAGGGAAUAGCUGAUUGCUAAGGUUUCUUUUCCUAAAAAGCUUAAAUUUUAAGUAAGCUUACUUAAAAUUUAGUCUUCAUUAGCUCCCUGUUGCCUAUUGCAGAUUCCUCAAAGCACUCCACAAUCUGGCUCCCAUUUGUCUCUCUCAGCCUUAUUCCCAUUUCAGUGAUUCAAAUGUUUACGUGCCUACUGUGCAAAAAACUACAAAAGGUACACAAGGAUAAAUAAAAACCUCUAACUAGGAUCACAGAGUGGGAGUGGACUUCAGAAGUCAUCUGGUCCAGCCAAUUUUAUGGAGGUUGGUGGAAGGGAAGGGAAUAAGUAUUUAUUGAGCACCUGCUAUUUGCUAGGAGCUUUACAAAGACUAUCUCAUUUCAUCCUCAAAACAACUCUGGGAGAUAGGUUGCUAUUAUUUUCAUUUUAAAGUUGAGGAAACAGGCAGACAGGUUAAGUGAUUCAGUCAGGGUCAUACA